UUCGUGAUAAUGAACCAAACGCUCAAUCCGUUCUUGUUCUUCCUGUUCCGUGAAAAAACAUAAAAACAUUUUAUUGGCCACUUGCGGCCCAUCCGCCUUUCCGCAUUCAGACUGGUGUGUGUAUCACAAUGACACGGAGAACAGUGUCAGGAGGCAGUGAGAAGAUGCUGCGGAUGUGCGCAACCUUUCUCCUUAUUCUGGUGCUGAACGCUCUGCUUGUCCAGGGUCACAGAAUACACCCAGGUAAAAGAUGCCCUUCCCCGUACCAGGUGUGGAAGGAGUGUGGAAGCGCCUGUCCAAGGAACUGUCACAACAUAGAUUACCCUUCACCGUUCUGUGGGCUGGUAUGCGAGUCCGGAUGUUUCUGCCGCCAUCCCUUCAUGUUUCUAAACGAGAAGUCCCGCAUUUGUGUUCUGCGGAAGCAAUGCAAGCAGAUCAAUGCCCACGCCAGACCGUAAAACCCUCUGCGACAUUGAUGGCGAAUUCUCUGCAUAACCUCCAAGCACAAUACUCAUUAAAGUGGACCUGUCAUCAGAUUUUUUUUUCCCCCUAUGUUUUAUUCUAAGGGAAAAAAUAUAGAUAUAUACCCAUGGGAUUGUAUAGAUCUGUAUCUUUGUUUAUGGACAUCAUCGCCUCUACAGACUAUCAUCAAAAAAACAAAUCGCAUUAUUAUCAGUGUACUGUCAUCUUAACAUUUAUUGAUUGCUUCAGUAAAAUAAUAUCAAUCAUGGUUAGUUUGUCGCAAAUGUAUAAAAGGUCAGGUUAUCAUGACUUGACUCUGAGAGUGUUUAUCUAGGAACAGGUUCCCAGCCACCCUUCUCAUUACACAAUCACAUACAAAGCAUAUCUGAUGUCUGGAUAGUAGAAUUUUGUUUAAAAAUAAAUCUUUUUAUUUUGUAUAAAAUAUGA